CUACCAUGUUACACGUGUGUGGGCUGUGACGCCAAAUGAAGCUAGCGAGACUCACGGCUAAAGACAGUUGUUACAAAUACAUUUAGCGAACUUUAUCUUAGUGGUUAUUUUACUCAAUAAACAACUGCUAUCACACAACCGCCAUCAAGAUGGUUCGUGCUCAAAGAACAAAACGAUUUAAAUUGCCCCAAAAGACGGAGCAGUAUGAUGAAGAUGACCCUGAAGCAUACAAGGCUAUGCCUGUCCCAGACAAGAAAUCAUCCAAGUACACAAAAGACAAGAUUGAUGAGUUCCACGAUGAGAAAAUAUCAAAACUCCUGGCACGUGGGGUAAAGAUGGACAGCGACGAGGAUAACAUUGACGAAGAGGAGGAAGUGAUGGCCCUGGACAUCUCUGAGUCUGAGGAGGAGGAACAAGAGGAAGAGGAUGAUAUGGAGAGUGAUCUCGAGGGAAAGAAGCAUGAUGAUCUCCCAAACGAACAGGCCUGGGGAAACAGGAAGAAGAUGUUCUAUGACUCUGACUAUGUGGCUGCCAAGGGGAAGACUCAGGAGCAGGUGGAGGCUGAAGAUGCGGAGGAGGAGGAAGAAGCAAAGAACAUUCAGAAACGUUUGGCUGCCAACCUCAGUGAGGAGGACUAUGACCUGAACCUCCUUCAGGAGUUUGCUGUGGAGGAGAAGGAGUUGGAGCAGAGUGUGGACAAGGAGAGGAUUGUGAAAGACCUGAAGCAGAUGUCCCAGAAGGAGAAGAUGAAACUGCUGAAGAAGGAAUCACCCGAAUUUUUGGAACUCAUCCAGGAUUUCAAAGCUAAGUUAUCAGAGUUGAAGGAGGAACUGCAGCCUCUCCUGGAGAUGGUCAAAGAUGGACACAUCCCAGCAGGAAAGGGUGCCAACUACAUCAAGACCAAGCAGCAGCUCUAUUUAAAUUACUGCACAAACAUCAGUUUCUACCUGGUCCUGAAAGCAAAGAGAAUUCCUGCACACAACCACCCGGUGAUUGAGAGAUUGGUGACGUACAGAAACCUGAUCAACGAUCUGGGCGCUGCUGACGCCCGCCUGGCUCCCCAGCUCCGCCUGCUGCUGGCUAGACACCAGAAGGAGAAGCCUGCUAGAAAACCAACGAGCGGCAAGGACACAGAGCAGACCAAGGUGCCUGAAGAGGCUGGCCCCGAGGCGUCAGAGGAAUCGGACUCUGACCUGGAUGAAGAGGCGGCGCUGCUCUUCUACAGAGGGGUGGAGCUGAAGCUGAAGCUCAAGAGGAAGGGCAAGGACCAGCAGGUGGAGGAGAGAUUGGAGGAAGGUGAAGAAGAGGUGGAGGCAGAUGCAGAUGCAAAAAGAGGAAUUACCUAUCAGAUGGCUAAGAACAAAGGGCUUACGCCAAAGAGGAGAAAGAUCGACCGCAAUCCCAGAGUCAAACACAGAGAGAAGUUCAGGAGAGCCAAGAUCCGCAGAAAGGGACAGGUCCGUGAAGUCCGUCGGGAGGAGCACAGAUACAGCGGAGAGUUGUCUGGUAUUCGUGCUGGAGUUAAGAAAAGUAUCAAACUCAAGUAG